AUGCUCCAUCAGGCCUCCCAAAUUGUUAUUGCCAUGUUUCUUCCCUCAGCAUGCAUUGUGCGUGCAUGUGUAGUUUCUUAUGCUUACAUAUUACAUACUUCUAGAUGGACUCUUGAAGCCAUUGGUUCACUGGAACCAAGAUUAAGUGCACUAGAAGACGAUUUUGAGGAGGAAAAAGGAGAGGAUGACCAAAUAGAUGGAUUAGAAGAUGGGGGUCAUGAAAAGGUUCAUUUCUUCUGCUACUAG